AUGGAAAAUCCCCGGACCCUUCUGGCAAGACGGCUUCCCACUCUGACACAACUUGGGGGAACCACUGAGCUCUCGGUUUCGCGUGAAAGACUGUGUGCAAGUUAUAUGCGUAUCUGGCCCGAUUUCCAACAACAGGCACUGGAAGCUUGCAAUUCCAUAACUUUCACCGGGGACGUCAGCGUUACAGAUUCACCCGAGGGUGAUUUAUACUUUGUCGGUAGUGAGCUAGGGCUGACUACUCGGUUUGCGCGACACGUAUGUGAUGCUGUCUCAAAAGCUUUGUCCGUGUCAAAUCUACCAUUGCAGUUCGGAGACAUGCAGGCGAUCCGUCAGAACCCCUUGAUUAUCCCUGAUGUCUCCUUGGCUAUCCUUGGGUCUAAUCCAGAUCGGCUCAUUGCAGCUGGGGAACUCAAGACAUGGUGGACCGUCGACCUUGAGGAGAUAACCGUGACGUCUGAUUUGGACGUGCGGAGAUACCUUGAACCUUUUAUCGGUGCGUCAUUCAAAGUCCGCUUGCGCCAGGCUGUCACUUACAUGAGGAGAUUCAAACUGCGUUAUUCUUUUCUCUCCACAUACAAGUCCACAGUUUUCAUAAAGAGAGAAGAUGAUUUCUGCUUCCGUUUGUCGAUGCCCAUAAGCGAAGACGCCACCAAUCCCUCUCUGAGAGAAUGCUUCGCUGGGUUUGCAGCCAUCGCCGCGCAUGACCCCGUCUACGAGGAAAAUACAAGAAUUGAUACAAGACUUCUCCACUCGUCGCGACAGCCCGGUUUUGUCUCUUCCCCUCGAGCAUCUGCGUACCGCAGUAGGCUAAGCGACUCUACAGACUCGCCCAUCCCUCCCAUUACAACAGAGUCCAUGCUCAUUGGCUCCGACGGGGUUGCAAGCCAUAUUGUGAAUUGCGUUGAGCUCCUGUCAUCCCCUCGGUUGGGACAUCAGAAGGCAGUGUUUGAGGUGGAGUCUGGUGGCGUCCGCUAUAUCGCGAAAUGCUGGUCCCACGAUCGCCGUGAAAGCGCUUCUAAUGAAUUCGAAGUGUACGAAAGUCUACACGAGCUUCGACCAAGUGGCUUCGAAUAUUUCACCCGCCUUGUGUUCUCCGGUGACAUAAUCUGCUCGGCAAAGUUCCCCGAAGGCAGGAUCCUUCUCCUGGAGAAGGUUCCAGGAGAACAACUAUUCGGUAUCUGGAACAGUCUGCCGUUUGCUGAGAAGGCCCAUGUGUUCAGUGAGUGCAGUAGUGCCAUUCAGACUCUCCGGUCAAUCUCCAUUCGGCUAUUAGAUUCCGGAAGGCACAAUAUCCUCUACGACCGCAUGAGUGGGAAGGUGACCCUUGUGGACUUUGAGGCGAUUGACGACCUCGGUGGAGUGCAAGUGACGUCCCUCAACCCUGAGCUAGUUUCAAUCUUUGGCGUCACCGGGAUGUCCCAGUUCAUCCAUGAAGGAUGA